UGUUGGAGAUUGAUGGAUGAUCGUGUGGCAAUUGCUGAAUUCUUGUCAUUUUGAGCUGCUAGACUGUCAGUGGGUCGUUUGACUAGUUUUUGGCUACCAGGGUAAGGUUUGAAGCUGGAGCAAUGCUUGGAUCCUUUGCCAGCACUGUCUGCCACUUCGAUGUGUCACUUGUUCAACAUAGACUCCGCCCUGAGGUGGUAGUCUCCAAAGGUGUGCCGACAGACGGUGCUUCCUCUGAAGUAGGCGGAGCUAAUCUUCGGAGGCGGUGCUUCAAAGGGUCGGACGCUUUGAAAUGUACUUGCUAAUUCAAAUGUAAUUUGCAAGCUCGGUGCUGGACUUGUUGGCACUAAUUGAUGACACCGCCUUCUUCCCUCUUAGAGGGCCGUCACUAUCAACAGAAAUGUAGCACGUUUGAGGAAGUAGUUUGUAGGUGGAACCUGAUUGGUGCGGUCGAGUCAAAAAAGCGGGGUGUGAGAUAGAGUUGCGAUAUAUGUGGUUUGGUACCGCCUUGUACACUUCAAUCUGCACGGAUUCCUGAUAGAUAGACGUUGUGACGAUGGAAUGUCCGCAGCAGAUGAACGACAAGCAGCGCAUGCAGCAGUUUAUUAUAUGUUCCAAGUCCACUUUACAGUCUUCACUUCAGCUGGGCCAAAACGACGUAUUCUCGCUGACUCCACCCACCCAGUCGUCAGAUUUAUUUUUUGCAUCUGGAUUUGGAGGUCCGACUUGCACUCUGCGUGGUAACCACAAGCUGCACGUUGCAGUUCCUAAGCCUAUUCGUGCUAUGCCUUACAAUGGAGGUCUUUGCUCUUGUAAUCCUCGAGUGCCUAGUAGCUCCGCCCAUAUCGGUUACGGUAGGCGGAGCAGUUUGGUAGUGAGCCCUCCUCCUCCGCAAAAGAAGAAGCUAUCGUUCAGCAUCGACACUAUCAUGGACAAAGAUUACAAGCCUCGAUCGCAAAGCGCACUGCAUUCUCCUCCGCAUGUGGAAAUCCUUGUGCAACCAUUUAUUCCUUCUUCUACGACGCUUGCCGAGGAAGUACGCGACGUGCAGUACGAGAGGGUGAGACGCUGCAAUCGAUGUCAAUGUCCCAACUGCCUGUCGAAUCAGUACGGUUCUGGGAGUCAAAAGCAGCACAUUUGUCACUAUCCGGGAUGUCGCAAAGUCUACGGAAAGACGUCACAUUUGAAAGCUCAUCUGCGGUGGCAUACUGGUGAGAAGCCCUUUCUAUGUUCUUGGCCGUUCUGCGGCAAGGCUUUCACUAGAUCUGACGAGUUGCAGCGUCACUACCGUACUCACACUGGCGAGAAGCGAUUUACGUGCUUACAGUGUGGAAAGAGAUUCAUGCGCAGUGACCAUCUCAGCAAGCACAUGAAGACGCACAGAAGCGACGGAGACGAGGAGAGUGACUCUACUUGAAUAAGUACAUUGCACUACAGAUUUAGUAAUUUUACGCUGGUUUACGAGUUGUCAGUGACGUCAACUGUUGCUGCCCUCUUUACAAUCAAAGAAUUUUACAACUAUUAGUGUAUAAAUCUGUCCGAAGGAAGUCUUUCUAGAUUCAGUGACUGUGCUAACGUGUAGUAUACUAGACUCUGACGGGCAGCUAGGUCAUAGAUGGCGCAGAUGUGUGUUGCGUACAGAUUUUUGUGAGUACAGUAUGUAGAGUUUGAGAACAGCUGCAAGCUCUUACUUUUGA